CCUCAGCUUUCGAGUUAGGCGGACACACCUCGGUCUCCCAUUUGGUUAUAGACAUAUGGGGUUUGGGGAUAAAUAGGGUCCCCCGUCCACUAGACUGUCACAUUCUCACAAUGGCUUUCCUCUGGUUCGUGUCCUGUCUCGCCUUCGUCAGCGCCGCCUACGGUGAGUAUUCACGCCUUCUCUUUACCUACAGUCUUACCUCCUUGAUUUAACCCUUAACCCUUGUUUUAAUGCUAACAGUGUAAAAGUAAGUUGUGGAGUUCCUCAAGGCUCUGAUCUUGGACCACUACUGUUCUCAUUAUAUGUGUUACUGCUACAUUGCUAGCACUUGGUGAUGUUAUUUGGAAACACUUCCGUACGUUAGAUGCCCAUGGUUGAGUAUGCUGCAUUAAACAGAGCAUUUACUGUUGUUAUAAAACAUGACGAGCUAAGUGUUUACUAAAUGUUUUCAUGUCCCCAGGCUGCGGCAUCCCCGCCAUCAAGCCAGAGGUGUCUGGCUAUGCCCGCAUCGUCAACGGUGAGGAGGCUGUGCCCCACUCCUGGCCCUGGCAGGUAUCUCUGCAGCAGACCAGCGGCUUCCACUUCUGUGGGGGAUCCCUGAUCAACGAGAACUGGGUGGUCACCGCCGCUCACUGCAACGUCGCUACCUACCACCGCGUGAUCAUUGGAGAGCACAACAAGGGAAGUGGCAACAACGCUGAGGACAUCCAGAUCCUGAAGCCCGCUAAGGUACAGCACAGUCACAUCAAAUCACAUUUGUCACAUGCGCCGAAUACAACAGGUGUAGACCUUACUGUGAAAUGCUUACUUACAAGCCCUAAACCAACAAUGCAGUUAAGAGAAAUAAGUGUUAAGUAAACAAUAGAUAAGUAAAAAAUAAAAGCAGUAAAAUAACAGUUAAAUAACCGUCGCAAGGCUAUAUACAGGGGGUACCGGUACAGAGUCAAUGUACGGAGGCACCGGUUAGUCGAGGUAAUUGAGGUAAUAUGUACAUGUAGGUAUAGUUAAAGUGACUAUGCAUAGUCACACAUCCUCCUCUAUAGCUCUGGGUAGAAGUUCCCCUCAGGCACUGAUCUAGGAUCAGCCUAUCCCCCCCGCCAGCUCAGCUGAUCCGAUCAGUCUUGAGGCAAUGUCGUCCUAUAGUCCUACCCGCUUCACUUUUUCACAAGAACUCUCCAUUUCAUAAAGGUUUCAGUUCUAACCCUCCCUUCUCUCCCUCAACCCCCCCCCCCCCCUCCUCACCCACAGGUGUUCACCCACCCCAAGUGGAACCCCAGUACCAUCAACAACGAUAUCUCCCUGAUCAAGCUGGCCACCCCCGCUGUCCUGAACACCAACGUGUCCCCCGUGUGCCUGGCUGAGACCGCUGACGUUUUCUCACCUGGCAUGACCUGUGUGACCUCCGGCUGGGGUCUGCAGCGCUAUAAUGCUCUCAACACCCCCAACCUGCUGCAGCAGGCUGCUCUGCCCCUGCUGUCCAACGAGCAGUGCAAGAACCACUGGGGCAGCAGCAUCUCCGACGUCAUGAUCUGUGCCGGUGGUGCUGGUGCUACCUCCUGCAUGGGUGACUCCGGUGGCCCCCUGGUCUGUGAGAAGGACAACGUCUGGACCCUGGUCGGUAUUGUGUCCUGGGGCAGCAGCCGUUGCUCCACCACUACCCCCGCUGUGUACGCCCGCGUCACCGAGCUCCGUUCCUGGGUGGACCAGACCCUGGCCGCCAACUAAGAGCCAUGCCGCAGCUUGCCUGUCCAUACUAUGUA